GAUGGAAAGCCGGGUCCACUACGAAUGUCUGUUGAUAUUGACGGCGUUCCUUCCCAGCGACAGACAUGGGGAAUGUUCUACAAGUUAGAGGUUCAUAGAUAUGGGGAUGUUACUGACGGCUGUAAAAAUGUAGGACCUGUUUAUUGGAACAAAAGAUAUAGCGGUCAUUUAGGAGAUUUUAUUGGAGACAUGUAUGGUAGGGUAAAUAUUGAUACAAGAGAUGCUCCUGCUACACUAGUCGGUGACUAUUCAAUCUUUGGUCGAGCAAUAGUUAUAAGACCAGUUUAUGCAGCUCCAAGUCGAAGGCUCCGAAAAGUGAUGGAUAUGGAACCAGUCGGAUGCUGUGUUGUUGUAAGGGACAGGGUCGAGAAAGCUGUAGCACCCGCCCCACCACCGGAAGAAACAAAAUCGAUAGCGGUGCCAUCAAAUUGGACCAAGUCACCAAUAGUUCCUAGUGGAAACUUACAAGGAUCUAACGUUCCGUACACAAGAAAUAUACCACCUCCUUCUUUUUCAAGAAUUCCUGAUCUUUCGAUUGAUGGUUCAAAUUUUCGAAACAUGCCUAUAGAUUCACGACUGUCCAAAGGCACGUCCAUCUUUGGACCGGGAGGAAAUAAAGCAGGGACUGAUGACAAAACACGUUUUCCAGAUUUGUCUUUUAAUUCGCAAUAUCCAAAUAUGCUUCAUACCGAAAUUACCUUCCCGUUUGUAAAUAAUUUCUUUUUUGCCACACCCGAAGACGUUGUUCCUCUUGACAGUAAGCGACACUUCUUACCGCCAUCAGAAAUGAAUGACUUUUUACCUGAUUUCAUUAAAGACUUUAUCGGCGACACAAAAGAUUUUGUCGGCGAUGCUUCAGAUCUAUUAGAGGAUACUGCUGAUAACAUAAAGGACAAGAUAACAGAUGGCGGCUCUGAUUUGAUAGAUAAUUUAGAUGAUAUUAUCAAAGACGGAGGGGGCGAUAUAAAUGGUAUUGAUAUAACAAGAAAGGUAUUUGGUGGUUUGAACUCCGAAGAAAGAGAUCUAAAUGAACUAGAAGAUCUUAUUGAAGAUGCUGCUGAUAAUGUAUCUGAUAAAAUUGAUGACAUCUCUGAUGAAGCAAAUGAUAAAGAAAAUGUUUUAGAUGAAAUAAAAGAUAAAAUUGAAGAUACCAUUGACGACGUUUUUGAUGACAGAAGCGAUACUUUUUCAGAAAAAUCUGGUGACCUACCAAACAUAAUUGAGGACAGUAUGGAAGAUUUAAUGGACAGCGAUGGACUACUGGAUGAUAGUUUUGACGAUGAUUCAAAAAUUACUGAUUUCAUGCCUGAAAUUACUGAAAAUUUGAGUGAUUCUCAAGAAGAUUUGAUGGACGACAUUAUGGACAGUGAUAAUGAAAUAGCUGAUAAGUUGGAAGAUAUACAAGAUAAUAUCUUACAUAGUGAUGAUACCGAAGAUGGAAGCAGCAGCGAAGAUGAUGAAACUGAUGAUGCUGAAGAAGAUGAUAAGAACAAUUCAAUUGCCAGUGAUUCUAGUAAUGUUGACGAUACUAUUGAUGACAACGAUAGUGUUGAUGACGAUAAUGAUGGUGACGAUAUCACAGAUAUUUCGUUAAAUGAAAUGACUGAAUCAGAAAAUGGUCUUUUGGGUGAUAAUUUAGAUGGUGAUGAAAGUAUUUUGAACAGCGAUAUAUUUGAUGAUAGCAUUGGUGAUGGUAAUGAUUUAGGUGAGUUAAUUGUUGAACCUACAAUUGAAGAUGUAAAGGAAAGUAUUGAAGAUGUUCUUGAUGAUCACAAAGGUAUAUUAGGUGAUUUUGACAACACUUUAGACACUGAUACUUUCGACAAGCUCGAUGACAUAAGCGAGGAAGUAGGAGAAAGUGACGACGUUAUUGAAAACCUUGGUGAUACGCUUGACAAAAUAACUGAAAAUAUUGAUGACGGUAUUAUUGAUGUUUCUAGAGAGUUAGUAGAUGAAACUAAAGACCUCAUAGAAGAUGAUAUAAUUGAUGAUUCCAAAGAAGACUUAAUGGAUGAUAUAUUAAACGAUGAUGCUAUGACAGAUACAGAAAACGAAUUAACAGACACAGUUUCGGAUAUCAUUGAUGAUGCAGGAGACAAUAUAAUUGAUUCUGCCGACGAUAAAUUCGAAAAUCUAUUAGAUUCUGUUGAAGAUUUAACAGAUAUUGAUUCAGGAAACGAAAUAGCGGACGCAGUUUCGGAUGUUGUAGAUGAUACAGAUGAUAAUGUUAUUGAUUCUGCCGACGAUAUAGUCGAAAAUCAAAUCGAUUUUGUCGAUGAUAUUAUGGACUCAAUUAAUGAUGCAAAAGACAAUAUAGUUGAUUCUACGGACGAUAUUGUCGAAAACGCAAUUGAUAGAGUAGAAGAUAUUACAGAUAAUACUGAAGAAAUUGGAGAUACCGUAAAUGAUUCUAUAGACAAUAUAGUUGAUUCUACGGCCGAUAUUGUCGAAAACGCAAUUGAUAGAGUAGAAGAUAUCAAAGAUAAUACUGAAGAUAUUGUAGAUACAUUAAAUGAUGCUACAGACAAUAUAAUUGAUUCCACGGAAGACAUAAGUGAGAACGCAAUCGAUAGAUUAGACGAUCUAACUGACAAUAUUGAUGAUGUUGUAGACACAUUAGAUAAUAGAAACGACCAUAUAGUUGAUACUACUGACGAUAUCAUGGAUAAUGCAAUUGAUAAAGUGGAAGAUAUAAUAGAUAAUACGGCUGACAUUAUAGACACAGCAAACGAUAAAACUGAAGGAAUAGUAGAGGAUGUUUUGGACUCUACAAGCGACAUAAUUGAUAACUCGGUAGAAAGUAUAAAAGAUUUAGCUGAAGACGUCGUUGAUAACACAUUAGAUACAACAAACGAUAUUGCUAAUAUUCCUAUGGACAUUGCAAAUUCAGUCGAUGAUGUUAUUGAAAACAUUGGCGGGGAUAAGUUAGAUGAUCUCACUAAUAUUGCUGAGGCCCCUAUUGAAAUGGGAAAUGAAGCAAUAGAAAAUGUUGCGGAUAUAGUAAGCGAGUUACCUGUUGAAAUUUCAAAUGACAUUGUUGAAAAUGCUGUAGAUGCAACGAAUGCAAUUAUUGAAGCGCCUAUUGAAUCUGGAAGUGAAAUUGUCGGAAAUGCUGCAGACUCAAUAGAUAGUAUUGUCGAGGCUCCCGUUGAAAUUGCCAAUGAUGUUGUCGAAAACUUAGCAGAUUCAGUCAAUAACAUUGUCGACGCUCCAGUCGAGGUCGUUAAUGACGUUGUUGAACAUUCAGCCGAUACGGUUAGUAAUAUUGUCGAGGCUCCCGUUGAAACUGCCAAUGAUGUGGUCGAAAACUUAGCAGAUUCAGUCAAUAACAUUGUCGAUGCUCCAGUCGAGAUCGCUAAUGACGUUGUUGCACAUUCAGCCGAUGCGGUUAGUAAUAUUGUCGACGCUCCAGUUGAAAUGGCCAGCCAAGUUGUUGAAAAUUCAGUUGAUACGGUCAGUAAUAUUGUUGACGGUCCAAUUGAAGUAGCCAACCAAGUGGUCGAAAAUUCAGCAGAUUCGUUAAGUGAUAUUGUCCAUGCUCCAGUUGAAAUGGCAAAUCAAGUAGUCGAAAAUUCAGUCGAUGCAGUCAGUAAUAUUGUCGACGCUCCUGUUGAUACGGCCAUUGAAGCAGUUGAUGAUACUGUGAGUAACAUUGUAGACGCCCCAUUUGAGGCAGUAUCUGACGCGAUGGACGGCAUAGCAAGUCCCGAAUGAUACUAAAUUGUCUGAAAUCCUAUUCUUACAAACUAAAUUUGUUUAGCAACGAGAGUGAUUUUUGGUUUCUCUGCAUUUUUAAAUAGCCUUUGUAAGCAUGAAAGGAGAUGAUAAAAUAUUCAACUUAGAAACUCUGAAAUGUCAUACUUCAAAUUCAAGGCUCUUCUGUUGAACUUAAUUAUCAUAUUUGCGUGUUCACAUAUCUUUAUGUUAUUGUUUCGGAAUUAUUUAAUAUUCCCAAGAAUGUUUAUUUAUAAGUAA